UCUUUAGACCCAGGAUGCCGGGGGGCAAGAGAGGGCUGGUGGCACCGCAGAACACGUUUCUGGAAAACAUCGUCAGGCGCUCCAGUGAAUCGAGUUUCUUACUGGGAAAUGCCCAGAUUGUGGAUUGGCCUGUAGUUUAUAGUAAUGACGGUUUUUGCAAACUCUCUGGGUAUCAUCGAGCUGACGUCAUGCAGAAGAGUAGCACUUGCAGUUUUAUGUAUGGAGAAUUGACUGACAAAAAAACCAUUGAGAAAGUCAGGCAGACUUUUGACAACUACGAGUCAAACUGCUUUGAAGUUCUUUUGUACAAGAAAAACAGAACCCCUGUUUGGUUUUAUAUGCAAAUUGCACCAAUAAGAAAUGAACAUGAAAAGGUGGUUUUGUUCCUAUGCACUUUCAAGGAUAUUACGUUGUUCAAACAGCCAAUAGAGGAUGAUUCAACAAAAGGUUGGACAAAAUUUGCCCGAUUGACACGGGCUUUGACAAAUAGCCGAAGUGUUUUGCAACAGCUCACGCCAAUGAAUAAAACAGAGGUGGUCCACAAACAUUCAAGACUAGCUGAAGUUCUUCAGCUGGGAUCAGAUAUCCUUCCUCAGUAUAAGCAAGAAGCGCCAAAGACGCCACCACACAUUAUUUUACACUAUUGUGCUUUUAAAACAACUUGGGAUUGGGUGAUUUUAAUUCUUACCUUCUACACCGCCAUUAUGGUUCCUUACAACGUCUCCUUCAAAACGAAGCAGAACAACAUAGCCUGGCUGGUGCUGGACAGUGUGGUGGACGUUAUUUUUCUGGUUGACAUUGUUUUAAAUUUUCACACAACCUUUGUGGGACCUGGUGGAGAGGUUAUUUCUGACCCCAAGUUGAUAAGGAUGAAUUAUCUGAAAACUUGGUUUGUGAUCGAUCUGUUGUCUUGUUUACCUUAUGACAUCAUCAAUGCCUUUGAAAAUGUGGAUGAGGGAAUCAGCAGUCUCUUCAGUUCUUUAAAAGUGGUGCGUCUCUUGAGACUGGGCCGUGUUGCCAGGAAAUUGGACCAUUACCUGGAGUAUGGAGCAGCCGUCCUUGUGCUCCUGGUUUGUGUGUUCGGACUAGUUGCUCACUGGCUGGCCUGCAUAUGGUACAGCAUUGGGGACUACGAGGUCAUCGAUGAAGUCACGAAUACCAUCCAGAUAGACAGUUGGCUCUACCAGCUGGCCUUGAGCAUUGGGACUCCGUAUCGAUACAAUACCAGUGCAGGGAUAUGGGAAGGAGGACCCAGCAAGGAUUCCCUGUAUGUGUCCUCUCUCUACUUUACCAUGACAAGCCUUACAACCAUAGGAUUUGGAAACAUAGCUCCUACCACAGACGUGGAGAAGAUGUUUUCAGUGGCCAUGAUGAUGGUUGGCUCUCUUCUUUAUGCAACUAUUUUUGGAAAUGUUACCACAAUUUUCCAGCAAAUGUAUGCCAACACCAACCGAUACCAUGAGAUGCUAAAUAAUGUACGGGACUUUCUGAAACUCUAUCAGGUCCCCAAAGGCCUUAGUGAACGAGUCAUGGAUUAUAUUGUCUCAACAUGGUCCAUGUCGAAAGGCAUUGACACAGAAAAGGUCCUCUCCAUCUGUCCCAAGGACAUGAGAGCCGAUAUCUGUGUUCAUCUAAACCGAAAGGUUUUUAAUGAACAUCCUGCUUUUCGAUUGGCCAGCGAUGGGUGUCUGCGAGCCUUGGCAGUAGAAUUCCAAACUAUUCACUGUGCUCCUGGGGACCUCAUUUACCAUGCUGGAGAAAGUGUGGAUGCCCUCUGCUUUGUGGUGUCAGGAUCCUUGGAAGUCAUCCAGGAUGAUGAGGUGGUGGCUAUUUUAGGGAAAGGAGAUGUGUUUGGAGACAUCUUCUGGAAGGAAACUACCCUUGCUCACGCAUGUGCCAAUGUCCGAGCGCUGACAUACUGUGACCUCCACAUCAUCAAGCGAGAAGCCUUGCUUAAAGUCCUGGACUUUUAUACAGCUUUUGCAAACUCGUUCUCAAGGAAUCUCACUCUUACUUGCAAUCUAAGAAAACGGGAGUGA